AUGGUCAACCAUCAAACGCAUAAGCGGAUCCACGAAGCCACUAUGGCCCAUAAUCCUAUCAACGAACCUCUCUUCACACAAUCUCGACACAACUCAACAUGGUUAUCCGAGAAAAUAGUUUCCUUCGCACAACGCAGAGGUGACAAGCUUACUCACAUCCAACAGAAAGCUUUGAUAUGGUUCCGAACAGAAAGUAUUUUCAACCUCGGACCCGCAGACGAGCAUCGAAAAGACGAGGACGUCAUGGGCGCCUACAAAACUCUGUUCGACAGACUUUUCUUCUUCGGCAGCUUACGCCCACAUGUAAAGUGUGUUAUGCAGAAACCGAAAGGGGCGGAAGAGCAUCUUAUGGGGCGCACGGAUCAAGAUAAGAGCUAUCAGUUGAAAUGGAGCUAUCCAUUUCAUGAGAAGCGUAUGGAAGCUUGUAUCACUCUCUUUCGGACAAAAACCAAGAACCGUCCAGAACGAUUCAAAGAGUACCUAGCAACAAUGUUACAUGAGAUGAUUCACGCAUUCCUGGAUAUCUGGGGUUGUCGUUCUGAGGGUUGCUAUAAUGUUUGGCAGCGGCAAGGUGUUAAGGGACAUGGACAUGCUUGGCAGGAUGCAGCACUUGCAAUAGAGCUUGCUGUAGCAGAUAAGUCGAUGCUGGGUAUUGACUUGGACUUAGGAAGACAGAAGAGUCUUGCGGUUGAUAUUGUGUAUGAGAGAAGAUCUGUACCUGAAGAGGAGGAGUUGAGACGGUGGGGUAUGAAUCAGGGGGAGGUGGAUAAGAUUGGUAAGAUUGUGAAGGAUCAACAUAUUAUAACCCAGGUAAUGGGUUCCAGAUAG